CUGAAGGAUGAACUGGACCGGGCCAACAAGGUCCUCAAGGCAGAGAUGGAUGACCUGGUCUCAUCGAAGGACGACGUCGGUAAAAGUGUCCACGAGCUGGAGAAAGCGAAGCGUGCCAUGGAUCAACAGCUGGAGGAGAUGCGCGUGCAGCUGGAGGAACUGGAGGACGAGCUGCAGGCCACGGAGGACGCCAAGCUGCGUCUGGAGGUCAACAUGCAGGCCAUGAAGGCCCAGUCCGACAGGGACCUGCAGGCCAGAGAUGAGCAAGGUGAAGAGAGGAGGAAGCAGCUGGUCAAACAGGUGCGUGAGAUGGAGACUGAGCUGGAGGAUGAGCGGCGGCAGAAAGCCCUGGCCGUGGCUGCUAAGAAGAAGCUGGAGGCAGACCUGGGAGAACUGGAAGCAGGCAUCAGCAUGGCCAACAAGGGUCGUGACGAGGCCCUCAAACAGCUGAAGAAACUGCAGGCCCUGUUGAAAGAUCAGAUGAGGGAGCUGGAGGAUCUGCGUCUGUCCAGGGACGAGGCCCUCAACAUGGCCAAGGAGAACGAAAAGAAGGUCAAGGCAAUGGAGGCUGACACCAUCCAUCUCCAGGAGGAGUUGGCGUCUGCUGAGCGAGUCAAGAAACAGGCCCAGACAGAGAGGGAUGAACUGCAGGAUGAGCUCAACAGCCACAACGCUAAGAAUUCCCUGACGGUGGAUGAGAAGAGGAGGCUGGAGUCUCGUAUCGCUAAGCUAGAGGAGGAAUUGGAGGAGGAGCAGUUGAACACAGAGAUGGUCAACGACCGCUUGAGGAGAACCACACUGCAGACUGACCAGCUGACCACUGAGCUGACGGCAGAGCGCAGUACCGCCCAGCGCCUGGAGGGGCUCCGGGCCCAGCUGGACCGGCAGAACAAGGAGCUGAAGCUCAAGCUGCAGGAGCUGGAGGAGACUGUGAAGUCCAGAUACAAGGCCUCUAUCGCUGCCCUGGAGGCCAAGCUACUGCAGCUGGAGGAGCAACUGGACUUGGAGUUCAAGGAGCGUCAGCAUUCGUCCAGGCUGGUCAGGCGCACGGAGAAGAAGCUGAAAGAGGUGCUGCUGCAGGUGGAGGACGAGAGACGCAACACCGAGCAGUACAAAGCAGAGGCGGACAAGGCGAACAACCGCACACGUCAGCUAAAGCGUCAGCUGGAGGAGGCAGAGGAGGAAGUGACACGUGCCAACGCCAACCGCAGGAAGCUGCAGAGGGAGCUUGAUGAUGCCACUGAGUCGCAAGACGCCGUGACCCGAGAGGUCAGCACCCUGAAGAGCAAGCUCCGGCGCGGGGACUUGCCUUUAAACAUGCGCCGUGUCAUGAAUCGCACAGGCAUGGGGGACAGUGAUGAGGAGAUGGAUCUGACCAGCGACGCAUCCAAGCCUAUACCCGAGUGAGAUGAACGUGACAGGAGAGAGAUGCAAACUUUUACAGGGACCAUACUGGAAAUGCAAAAUCUAUCAUAGAUUUAAAUAAUAGUGCAUUCUAUAGCUGACUGCUCCAUCAGCCAUCCUUGCUAUCAUACAAAUAAUUGUAUACCAAGAUUUAUAUUGCUCUCUUCAGUGUCCAUUUUUGACCAUCUGUUUUGUUCAGGUAGGCCUAGUUGGAGAUCUGAGAUCGUUCUCCUAGAUUUACUAAUUCACAUUUGAAAUCUGUACAGUGCAUGUGUGCAAAACAAAUCUGUGGCCAAAUUAUAUUUUGUCAUGAAUGUGACUUUUUUUAGAGGCUAGCUUUCCAAAUAUGUGACUUUCUAGAUCCAUUUUUCUACUCAGCCAUUUUCAAUAUUAUAAGAAGUAUAUUAUUCCGACAUGGUUUAGCAGCUUAAAUUGUUAGUGUGGCUAGAAUACACCACAAUAUCCGCUGCCACCUCUUUUUCCCUUGGAACUUGUAUGAUACUUUUUCUGCCAUCUUUCGCUGUGCACAAUGUUUUUUCUUUAUGAAUGCAGUAAUUUAAUAUGGUUUAUUAGUGUUGUACUAUGUACUUCUGGUAUACAUUUUUUUUCACUGGUAUUUUCUGCACACACAUUAGUACUUAACUUUUAAUCCACAUUGUAGUACAUGCAUCACAUUUGCACACAGUUAUUACAUCUACAGUUAAAGCCUGCACUUUAUACCUGAAGGUCACAGGCAUUAAGUUGGUGCAUAUACACUGAGAAUAACUACAGCCUAAACACUUGCAAAUUGUAUUAUGCUGAAAUAUGUGCAGGGUCUUUUCUGAUAGUUAUUGGUCUCUUGAAAUGAUUGACUGCUUUGUUGAUCCAUGUGCUCUGCUAAAUAGAGAGAAUGGUGGUGGGUUAGAUGGCACUGUUCUUUGCACAUGAGUGGCAGUGAAUACUACAUGGUGUGAAUUCUACUUCACAUCUAAGAAUACAUACUCUUAUUUUUAAUCUAGCUUGGUCACUUUCAUUUGCUGUUAUCGCACUUUCACAUAUUUCAAUUGAGUUUAGAGGUUCUGCAAGAUCUAGUGGGGAUGUAUGCUUAUGCUGAAUUUUCACUCGAUGUUUAAUGAGUUGUCACUGAGGGGUAUAUUGACAAUUGUUUUAUUUCAGAGUAUUUUGUAUUUUAUCAGAUGCCAUGUUUCAAUAAAAUGAUACUAAAAGGAUA